AGAAAAGCAAAGCUGGAUGGAUUGAAUCUUCGUCCUUUUAAAAAGUUUCUACCUUUCUGAGGUAUAUUUUCGCAUAAAGGUCAGGCCUUUUUGAUCUGAUUCGUAUAUACAAAUCAGGAAACAAACUGCCCACGGCGAUCGAUAAGAGUUUCAGUUGGGUUUAAAGUUCAUCCGCUGAGUUUUAACUUUUUGCCGAGAAAUCAAAAUUAUGGAGUUUUGCAACGGUGGGAUCUCAAACGGCGACGUUUUGGGUCUCUCUUCUAAACGCGAGAAGCUCAUUAUCGAUACAGACCCAGGAAUCGAUGAUAGCAUGGCGAUAAUGAUGGCGUUUCAAACACCAGAGCUGGAGAUAGUAGGACUCACUACCGUCUUUGGUAAUGUUUCUACGCAAGAUGCUACCCGCAACGCCUUACUCCUGUGUGAGGUUGCUGGCUUCCCUGAUGUUCCUGUGGCAGAAGGAAGCUCCGAACCCUUAAAGGGUGGGAUUCCACGUGUUGCUGAUUUUGUGCACGGUAAAAACGGACUAGGAGAGGUCUCUGUUCCUCUUCCUAGUAGAAAGAAAUGUGACAAAAGUGCAGCUGAGUUUCUAGUUGAGAAGGUCUCCGAGUAUCCUGGUGAAGUCACCAUCCUCGCCCUUGGACCUCUAACCAACCUUGCAAUAGCCAUCAAGCGAGAUAGUUCAUUUGCGAGUAAGGUGAAGAAAAUUGUUGUACUCGGUGGAGCUUUCUUUGCUUUGGGAAAUGUCAAUCCUGCAGCUGAGGCCAAUAUAUAUGGUGACCCGGAAGCAGCUGAUGUUGUGUUCACGUGUGGUGCUGAUAUAACUGUUGUUGGGAUAAACAUCACAACACAACUUAAACUAACAGAUGAUGACCUCUUAGCCCUGCGUGACUCCAAGGGCAAACACGCUAAGUUGUUAAGUGACAUGUGCAAGUUUUAUAGAGACUGGCACGUCAAGUCUGAUGGUGUUUACGGAGUUUACCUCCAUGACCCGGUCAGCUUUGUGGCUGUAGUACGGCCUGAUCUAUUCACGUAUAAGAAAGGCGUUGUUAGGGUGGAGACUCAAGGAAUAUGUGUUGGCCACACUCUCAUGGACCAAGGCCUCAAGAGAUGGAAUGGGAGCAAUCCAUGGGUGGGAUAUUCACCAGUAUCAGUGGCAUGGACGGUAGAUGUAGAUGGAGUGUUGGAAUAUAUCAAAGGCAUGCUGAUGAAGCCUUAAAAAAAUGUGAAUAUUUCAUUGGAAAUGACAUCAUCACAUUUAUCUCUCUGGUUCUAACUCGAUUCUCAAUUCAAGAUCUGUAUUUAAACUGUAUAAAUGCUAAAAUUUGGUAAAAUAAAAUAAAAGAUAUUUCCUCCGUUUUUUU